AUGCCUUACACGCCUCCACAGAGAAGUGCAGCCAAGCAUUCUGCCAACCCUAGAUCCAGUCCAAUUAGCUCCAUCAUAUUAGGUUCACAACCAUCAAGCAGCACCAGCUCUCGCAAUUCCAACCAGAGCUCUGAGUCCCUUUUAGAUGCACAUCUAGGCGCCACUUUGAGCGGCCCCCAGCCUAUGCCUCAUCCAAUGGUGCAGAGUACUUCCAGUUUCUUCAUAUUUGACUCCGAUAGUGAUGCUGACGAAGAUGAGGCAAGUUCCAUCGGAGAUGUUAGUAACACCAACGAAAAUGAAAACCGCACACAGAUCCCAAAGACUAACUCACGCCAUACCCCAAGCCCUCCGAGAAAGGCAGCCAAUGGCAUGUCACUGCUUCAAAAGAGCAGGAGCGCCAACUCAUCAACUUUAUUACUGCGAAGGGCCAUAAAUAGCAGGUCCAACUUGUCAGGUAUGAGUGUUCCCAAUAGGCAGAAGGUCCUAGAUCAAAGGACGAGUACUUUGAAAGUUAGUUCUGUUCCCCCAACAGAGUUUGAAAGGAAGCAAUCAGCUGCUAAUGCUCCGCUUCUAGAAGAUGUCCUAAAGUUCCCCAAAGUUUCUACGCAGGCUUAUUCGUAUGCAAGAUUGUCUGCAAACUCACUAGCUUUGAGGCUCAAUGUUUUGAAACGAUCUCUGGAAAUUCUUUCUGAUCGACCUGAUUUAGUGAUUUCCAGAAGUUCCACAAGUUAUAAUGAGCCUCAAUCAGUAGAGACCAAGCCUUACAGUAGAGAUGGUAGUGAAGAACGUAUUAACCUGAGAGGCAAUGCUUCAUACGCUGCAUUAAGUGCAUUGUUCAUGUCCAAUCAGCGUUCCAGAGAUACAUCACCUAAUUCACAGAACAGAGAGCAUUAUUUCGAAUCAAGAGACAAAGAUGUUGGUUCAACCAUGGAUCUCAAACAAGAGCUGAAGCCAAUCAUUGCUCUACUAGAAAAAGCAGACACAGAUAUGAUCCAUGACCAUGAGAAGGAUGUGGCUUUGAAACUUCACGAUCUCUCUCUUUCUGGAGUUACUACAGAAAAGUACUUUAAGAAGAAUCUGCUCUAUGCAUUGGCAACUCCCUUCCUGGAAUCAUCCAAUCACACUCUUCCAAUACAAACUGCACCAUCGUCACUUGCAUUGUCAACCCUCCCCACUUCAAUCGGAUCUUCCAAACCACGGAACUCCCAUGCACAACGGCCCUACCAUGGUAUACUCUCGACAAAGAAUGUGAGUCCACAGGCCGUGUUCACCUGUCAACUAGACUCUCCUUGGUCAUUAAAAGCUGCUAAUGAUCUAGCAUGCUUGAUGUUUGGUGUUACUCGAAAUUCCAUCCGGGCACUGGCCCUGCUUGAUCUAAUUGCUCCAAGGUCUAGGGAUUUCGUUCUCCAAAAGCUUUACAAAAGAACCUCAGAAAUUGUUUUCAGUGGUGAGAUUAUAGCUGUGGUAAAACCCAAUAACACAAUGGCAUGGACUUCAUUGUGGUCAAAACGGAAAGAUGAUAUGAUGAUUUUGAUCUUUGAUCAAAUCCCUUGCGACUCGUUUGACCUAACCAUUUCGAAACCUCUAGCACACGAUACCGAUUCUGAAUACUAUAUUCAUGCAUUCAAAGAACAUACAGGAUCUUUAUUGGAGUUUGCUACUUUCGAACAAGGUGAUCCAUUAUCUUUUUUCAUUCCCUCAUUAGCGAUGGAACUUGCAUCUCUUGUUGAUCGUCACAAUGAAUCCGAACUGCCAAUCAACCUACAAGACUCUGCUCAUAUCAAUGAUAUUAGAUACUAUACACUACGAUUUCAUGACAACCACAUCCCUUGUGCUAUAACUAGUAUACCAUUGGAUAACGAAAAUGAAAGCGAUAAGGAGUCGGUGAUUAGGAUGAACAUUCAUUGUCUUCCAUAUAUUGCUGGAACGUUUGUGGUUUCGUCUAGUUCAUACAAAAUCUUAGCCCAUAACGAUGCUAUCUCAAAAAAUUUGUUCGGUACUUCGAAUAUUUUGAACUUAGAUUUUGAUCAACUAAUUCCUGAUUUUAGAAAACUUGUUGAAACGGCCAAGAUUAGAGAAAGAAGCUUAAAGAACAGUGAACCUAACCUUGUUCUGCCUGAACACUAUUUCCGAAAAUUGAAGGCAGAUUUAGCGGGGCAUUCUUCGUCUGAAAGAGAAGAGCUAUUCUUGAAUGGUAAAGGACUGGAUGCUAUACAUAGGGAUGGAACAAGAACUAGGGUGGAUAUUCAACUGAGAGUUCCCAAUGCAGAAUGCUACAUACUAUGGAUCACCUACUCUAGAACAGUCCAGUUCAACGAUCUGAGGAAAGACAGAAGGCAUUCAGUAGUUGAGCCUCUCGACCUUCAUCAUACUUUAUCUCACUCUUCGAAUGAGGAUAGAAGCAUGGCAUUGCCUUCCCAACUACAGUUGUUAAGGGAUCAUGAAACUGACCUAGUCUCCUGUAGUGGUGAUUCCUCCGAUGAGUUGAGCAGAAGUAAUAGUUUACUCAGGGAUAACCCCAUUGGCCGUAGUGAAAGUUUUAACAACAUUGGCAAUAGAGCUAACAACUAUGGCAUGAAGCCAUUUUCUGCCAGAGAGCUAGAAAAGGUUAAUAGUGAGCCUCUUGUAACGGUUAUCCCCAACAAGAUUAAGACUGAAUCGAUGGAUGGGCUGCUCCCGACGGAGUCAUCAGCUUUGAAGUACGAGAAAGACGUGAUAGCAAAGGAAUCUCACGAACUCAAAGUGUUCUCUGAGGAUAAGUUACUCAGCAUCGAAAACGAGGAGAUGGCUAAUAUUCAAGCAAAAUCAGCACUUUGGCCCAAGCAAGUUGGACUAAAGAGACGAGAAAAGAAGAUCACGGAGUUUAUCAGGUUGAAGAAUAUGGGUGAAGGUGCCUACGGAAAGGUGUCUCUCUGCGUGAAUAAAGAAGAUCCUGGCUACAAGGUAAUCAUCAAGUCAAUUAUCAAGGAGAGAAUUCUGGUUGAUACAUGGGUUAGAGAUCGAAAACUAGGUACCAUUCCCUCAGAGAUACAAAUUAUGGCAUUCAUGAACCAUGAUCCACACCCCAACAUUAUGAGAAUCGUUGAUUUUUUCGAAGAUAGUAAUUACUACUAUUUGGAGACCCCAGCACACGGUGACCCCACAGGGAUUGAUUUAUUCGAUCUCAUUGAGAUCAAAACAAACAUGUCAGAAGAAGAGUGCAAAUAUAUUUAUAGACAAUGCUGCUCUGCGGUUGCACAUUUGCACAAGCACGGAGUUGUCCAUCGUGAUAUCAAGGAUGAGAAUAUUAUUGUCGAUUCUAACAGCGUCGUCAAACUGAUUGACUUUGGUUCAGCUGCGUAUGUUAAGAACGGACCAUUCGAUGUCUUUGUUGGCACCAUUGACUAUUCAGCUCCUGAGGUCUUGCAUGGUGCCCCUUAUGAAGGUAAACCCCAAGAUGUUUGGGCCAUGGGCAUUCUCUUAUACACACUAGUUUACAAGGAGAACCCGUUUUACAAUGUGGACGAUAUUAUUGAGGGUGAACUGAGAUUGCCUCCUGUUUUUAGCAACGAGUGCACCGACCUAAUAAAGAAGAUCUUGGUAAGAGAUGUCGAGAAAAGACCUACCAUGGGAGAGAUCAUGGAACAUUCGUGGCUAAAGUCCAAGGCUUGA